AUGGCAAUGCAACAGCUCCGUCCUUCAGGCGGGAGUGUAGUCAACUAUGCCAGGGCGCGGAAGGGGCCUGAGGGCACGCCACAGAAGGAUGUUGUUAUCAAGUCAGAUGCACCGGGCACUCUGUUGCUGGAGAAACAUGCAGAUUAUAUAGCAUCAUAUGGCUCAAAGAAAGACGAUUAUGAAUACUGUAUGUCUGAGUAUUUGAGAAUGAGUGGCAUCUACUGGGGUCUGACAGUAAUGGAUCUCAUGGGACAACUUCAUCGCAUGAAUAGAGAAGAAAUACUGAUGUUUAUUAAGUCAUGCCAACAUGAAUCUGGUGGAAUAAGUGCUAGUAUUGGACACGAUCCUCAUCUUUUGUAUACACUUAGUGCUGUCCAGAUACUUACUCUGUAUGAUAGUAUUAAUGCUAUUGAUGUAAAUAAAGUUGUGGAAUAUGUUCAAAGUCUGCAGAAAGAAGAUGGUUCUUUUGCUGGAGACAUUUGGGGAGAAAUUGACACAAGAUUUUCUUUCUGUGCUGUGGCAACAUUGGCUCUAUUGGGAAAGCUAGAUGCUGUUAAUGUGGAGAAGGCCAUUGAAUUUGUUUUGUCAUGUAUGAACUUUGAUGGUGGAUUUGGUUGCAGACCUGGUUCUGAAUCCCAUGCGGGGCAGAUAUAUUGUUGCACAGGAUUCCUUGCUAUUACUAGUCAGUUGCAUCAAGUAAACUCUGAUUUACUCGGUUGGUGGCUUUGUGAACGACAGUUACCAUCAGGUGGACUCAAUGGAAGGCCAGAGAAGUUACCAGAUGUAUGCUAUUCAUUGGGUUUUGGCUUCCCUAAAGAUAAUUGGAAGCUUCAUUGGAUUGACAGAGAGAAACUGCGAAGUUUCAUUUUAGCAUGUCAAGAUGAAGAAACUGGAGGAUUUGCAGACAGGCCAGGAGAUAUGGUAGAUCCGUUUCAUACUUUAUUUGGAAUUGCUGGACUAUCACUUUUGGGAGAAGAGCAGAUUAAACCUGUUAGUCCUGUGUUUUGUAUGCCUGAAGAAGUGCUUCGAAGAGUGAAUGUUCAGCCUGAACUAGUGAGCUAGAGUCAUUGAAGGAAAAGUUGCUUAUAUAGUUUUAUCAUUUUAACAUUUGUGUAUUUGAAGUGCUUGUCAGGCUUUAAAAUGAGUACUUUAAAUUUGUUUAAUAUUAUAUAUUGUUAAUGGUAAUUUAAUUGUGUAAUUAUACAUACUGUAAAAUAAAGAUCUUUUAC